CUAGAUGUUAGAAAUAAUAACCUAACACUGGGAAGUGUAAAGUCCAUUGAUGUGAUUUUGCUGAGGCCUUAUCAAGUGAGAACUCAUAACUUUGUUGGAUGUGUGAGAAAUAUGAAAUUGAAUGAUGUCUUUCUUGACACUUCAAAGGCUCUAGCAUUACACAAGAUACUUGAAACUUGUCCACGGCCAGAUGUAGCUCCAUGCAGCAGCAGUAAAUGUCUUAAUGGAGGUGUUUGCCAUGAUCUCUGGUCCCAUUACUACUGCCAGUGUGCUGAGAAUUUCACUGGACCUAACUGUGAUAGCAAUGUCUCCGAGGAUCAUGGAUUAUUUCUUAGUGAGGGGACAUACAUUGUGUUUGUUGUCAAGGAAAGCUACAUUAGAAACCAGUUAUUUCAAGCCUUUCUAGAUGAAAAACAUGGGGCCAUUCAAGGGUUGGUCAGUUUUGAGAUCAAAAUGAGGACAAUCAAAAAGGACAGUGUUUUGAUUUUUUGUCAAAGCAAAGCGGUGCACCUAGAACUUAAGAUACUUGAUGGGAAACCUCUGUACAAAUUCACACAUUUAAUGUCAGGACAACAGUGGGAGCUUGGUGUAGGGACAAGUGUGUCAGAUGGACAAUGGCAUGUCCUUCUCUUGCACAGACAUGGACCAAACAUCAUUUUACUCCUGGAUCAGCAGCUUAUUAAAAAUAUCACCCAUAGCUUCAUUAGCCAAACUUCUGUUUUAGUAGAGAUGAUAACUCUGGGGUCAGCAGCAUCUGGUGGGUCAAGAGAUCGAGAUUUAGAUUUUGUAGGGUGUGUGGACUACAUCAAACUAAAUGGAUAUAUCCUACCCUUCAACGGGCACAAUGAGAUAGUAGAGGCAAAACCCAGUCCUUCACUCUUCCAAAAAGACUGCAUGUCUGCAGAUCACUGCAUCCUCUCACCUUGCUUUAAGGAAUCCUGUCUGACUCAUUCUUGUCUAAGUAGCAGUGACUGCAUUUCAUCAUCUUCUGAAAAUGGCUGGUGUUUCUGUUUAAAAAAUGUAUCUUCUUCAAUGUGCCUGCCAUGCUCAUCUCACACUGAGUAUAAAGAAGACUGUCUUCAAACUGUGAAACAUCCCCCCUUAUGGAUCAUUGCUAUUGUAUUUCCUAUAACUCUCAUACUACUUAUCUUAAGCCUCUUCUUUCUCCUGAAGAGAAGGGGAACACUGUGGCACAUCAAACACAGAACUCAACCCUGUAUCACAGAACCAAUGAAGCAGCAUGGCACAGAUAAUGUGGCAUUCAGUCCUGACAAUGAUGGUGGUGUCCAAAACAAUUCUAAUGAGAACAAGAAACCAGAUCUGUUAGUUGCAGGUGAACUUAGUCAGCGAGUUGAAAGCUUUAGUCAUAGCCAUCUUACAGGGUUUGGCGGAAGUGAGCUAGAGUAUUAUGAAAUUGACAGUACAUACACAACUUCCUGCUCUAAUAUUAAGCCCCUGAAAAUAAACACAGAUAUAUAUGAUAGGUUAGGCCUGCUUGAUAGUUCUGGAAAAGAUGGUCCUCCACAAACACAAAAUUCUCAAGUUUCUCCAUCCAUGUGUGAAGAACCACCAAAGAUGGAGUCUCAGACCUAUCCUGAAUCCUUAGCUCUUAGACAUGGCAUAGCAUAUACUACAAGAAUGUGUGGUAAAGUAGAUGAUGGGUGCAAAAAUCAUCAAGACCACCUCCUUUCCAAGUUUACCCCUGAACUAUCAGACCCCCCUCGUUUCCUCUCAGUGGAUGAGGUUAAAAUAUUAAGCAUUCCACUAGGUCAAGCCAAAGUUGGAGAGAGCCCAUCAGAAAGUGACAGCCACAGCUCCUUUACUUGCUCAGAAUAUGAUUGUGAGAAAGAACUCUACUGUAUCAGUGCACAGGACAAGAGCCACGAGCCUGUGAAAGAAGAUUGGUCAAGAGGACAGCUCAUACUGGCUGUUCCAUCACCCUUCAGAGACAUUCAGAUUCCUCCAGAUAGACCUGCUUCUGGGAAUAUGAAGCAAUGGGAGAGCCUCCUUGACCUAGGGGUCCAUUUUAAUACAUACUCAGAUGUUUUUGAGGACAUAGCAAGCCUCCCUGUCAUUCAAGCACAGGAUUGUGAUCUUCACAGUGAUGAAGAACAUAUUAUUUAAAAAUGUUAUUAAAGUAACUAUAAAGCUUGAGGGUUUUUUAAUAUAUAUUCAAACAGUGCAUAUAUAUAAUGUUUAGCA